AUGGCACUUCCCAGUCAUUUAGACGCGGCUUUUAUCGAUGAAAAUCGAGAUAAGGUUUACGUGAAAAACAAUUAUCUCUUUUGGCGAGAAUACCGGAGCUCUAUAGCCAUGAAUCAGCUACUGGUGCGGAUGAGUUCAAAUAAAAGUCGAGUCAAACAAAUAGCCAUAAAAAAGGCGAACCGAAAGCCCAAACAAUUGACACAAAGAUCUAAACUAUUGUCACAAAACCCUAAACUAUAA